UGCGCCGAUUAGAUAGAGCCGUGGCUACAAAUAUAUGCGCACGCGCACGUCGUCACCCACACACGGAACCCCGAACCCGGCCGAAAGCGUACGUCCGCUGUUUCGCUCUCGCAGCCGGUAACAUAUAAUGGCGGCGUCGGAGGAAGAAAGCAAGGCGGCGCCGGGGCACCCGCUGCUGCGGGUGCUGAGGCGGGACGAGUACACCCACGGGCUGCGGCCGGCGCAGAUGGAGGCGCUCCGGGCCAUGUGCGGCGCGCUCAUCCCCUCGCUGCCGCUGCCGCCGGAGGAAGGCGGCAAUAAGGACCUCGAGCGCUUCUAUCUCGCCUCCGGCGCCGACUCAGCCGUCCCCGACGAGGUGGCAGAGCUGGCCUUCACCCGGUGCGUAUGGGAGGCAGGGGUGCUGGUGAGCGUGGCCCUCUGGCUCCUCACCACGAGGCUGGGCACAUUGGCGCUGUGCGGCUGGCUGUGCGUCGUCGACUCCUCCGUGCGGCGGUUCGCCGACAUGCCGGUGGAGCGGCGGGAGGCGGCGCUGCAGCGGUGGACCAGGGCGCGCUGGCUCAUCCCCGUCAAGAUCGCCUUCGCCAUCGUCAAGAGCCUCCUCUUCAACGUCUUCUACACCAAGGUGAACGAGAACUCUGAGAAUCCAUGCUGGAAAGCAAUAGGCUACAGCGUGCCGGACGUGGAAGAGCAACGACGACGGAGGAAAAAUGGUACAGAAGCGACAGCACGGCGGCGGCCUCUGGACAAGGGCGUCGUGGAGACAAGGGAACUGGACGACGCCGCCCUGCUCAGGUCACUCGCGGCCAAGGGCCUCACGGUGAAGCCGGCCGCGUCGAACGGCCCGCACCACACGGUGCAAUGCGACGCCGUCAUCGUCGGCUCAGGCUGCGGCGGCGGCGUGGCGGCCGCGGUGCUCGCAGCGGCGGGGCACAAGGUGGUCGUCCUCGAGAAGGGCGACUACUUCGCGGCCCAAGACUACAGCUCGGUGGAGGGCCCGUCCAUGGAGCGGCUCUACGAGCAAGGAGGCAUCUUCUGCACGUCCAACGUGACCACCGUGCUGUACUCCGGCACCACCGUCGGCGGCGGGUCGGCCGUGAACUGGUCGGCAAGCAUCCGCACCCCGCGGGAGAUCUUGCAGGAGUGGUCGCGCGGCCACGGGCUCCCGGUGUUCGCGAGCGCCGGGUACGCGCAGGCCAUGGACGCCGUGUCCGCCCGGCUCGCGGUGUCCGACGCGUGCCUGGAGGAAGGGUUCCAGAACAAGGUGGUGCGCCGCGGCUGCGAGGCGCUCGGGCUGCCCGUCGACGCCGUGCCGCGCAACUCGUCCGCGGACCACUACUGCGGGAGCUGCAAUCUGGGCUGCCCCACGGGCGACAAGCGCGGCACCGACACGACGUGGCUCGUCGACGCCGUCGAGCACGGCGCCGUCAUCAUCACCGGGUGCAAGGCCGACCGCUUCAUACUGGAGAGUAGUUAUACAGGGAAAGGCCGGCGGGGAAAGAAGUGCGUCGGGCUUGUGGCGACGUGCGGCAUUACCCAGAAGAAGCUGCGCAUCGAGGCCAAGGUGUCCAUCUCGGCGUGCGGGGCGCUCAUGACGCCGCCGCUGCUGCGCAGCAGCGGGCUCAAGAACCGGCACAUCGGCCGGAACCUGCACCUCCACCCGGUGUCCAUGGCGUGGGGCUACUUCCCGGAGGAACCGGAGCCGCAGGAGCAGGAUGCCGAGGAGAUCAUCAGCGGCAAGUGCUACGAGGGCGGGAUCAUAACGAGCAUGCACCGGGUCACCGAACGCACCAUCAUCGAGACCCCCGCGCUAGGGCCGGGCGCGUUCGCGUCGCUGGUCCCGUGGGAGUCGGGCCGGGACAUGAAGGAGCGGAUGCGGCGGUACGCGCGCACGGCGCACGCGUUCGCGCUGGUGCGCGACCGCGGCGCCGGGUCCGUCGACGGGGAAGGCCGCGUGCACUUCGUCCCGAGCCGCGACGACAACGAGGAGCUCCGCAACGGGCUGCGGCGCGCGCUGCGCAUCAUGGUGGCCGCGGGCGCGGCCGAGGUGGGCACGCACCGGAGCGACGGGCUCCGGCUUCGGUGCAAGGGGGUCCGGGACGAGGACCUGGAGGCGUUCCUCGACGACGUGGCCGUCGCGAGGGGCCCGAUGCAGGCAGGCACCGACACGUGGGCGCUCCUCUGCUCGGCGCACCAGAUGGGGAGCUGCCGGAUGGGGUCCAGCCCCAGGGAGGGCGCCGUGGAUGGCAGCGGCGAGAGCUGGGAGGCCGAGGGCCUGUACGUCUGCGACGGCAGCCUCCUCCCCACCGCCGUCGGUGUCAAUCCCAUGAUCACCAUACAGUCCCUUGCCUACUGCCUCUCCAAGAACAUCGCAGAGUCCUUGGCCCAGAGCAUGAAGCGUUAGCCCAAAACUCCAUGUGAAGAAGCAGCUGGAAGAAUGUAUUAUGACAAACAUGGUUUAUUUUUUACUUUGGCCAAAAAUGACUCCGGUCCAAGCAUAAAACUGAAAUCCCUGUUGGGAUUAAUCCCCAACUUCCCCGUGAA